GCAUGGAGACUAUGGAUUGAAAAAAGGCCAAUGGAACUCAUGGAUGACUCAGUGGGCGACCCAGGUUGUCCACCUGAUAUAUUAAGAUAUAUUCAUAUUGGUUUGUUAUGCGUACAACAAAGACCAGAGGAUAGGCCAAACAUGUCUUCUGUAGUUUUGAUGUUGAAUAGUGAAAAGUUGUUGCCUGAACCAAGGCAACCUGGAUUUUACACAGGAGGAAAUAAUUCAACCAUGACAGAUUCUUCUUCAAGAAAUUGCGAUACUUAUUCUCUCAACGAAAUGUCUCAGUCGUUGUUUGAGGCAAGAUAG